AUGACUGACCCAAAUGCCAAUCCUAAUGUCCAGACAUCUCAGUCUUCCCAGACUUCCCCACAUAUGAACUUAGGAUCAGUCUCAUCCUAUAGAAUGGGAGAGCUUAAAGAUGACAACUGGAUGAUGUGGAAGGAGAAGAUUGAAAUGUGGGAGAAAGAUGACCAAAUUGCUUGGACCAUCAUCCUUAUCAAUUUGAAGGAUGAACAAGUAGUUCAUGUGUCACGAGCGAAGACAGUCAAAGAAGCAUGGGAUAAUCUGAAGAUGAUUCAUGAGACAAGAAUACACGUCACCGAGAUGAUGAACAAACACAAUCAGCUCAACAUCAUGGGAUGCGAGAUACCUGAUGCGGAGUUCAAAGCACUUCUUGUGAUGUCGUUGCUGAAGUCUUGGGAGUCAUGGACUGUGUCCUACUUAGGCACACAUGCCGAUAAGGGCAAGUCACAAAAAAUUGCAGGCUAUACAUCCCAGGAACUUAUCUCAAUCAUCAUUGAUGAAUCCAACCAUCGCAAGAGCCAUGAUACCCAAGAAAAGGGGUAUUAUGCCAAAGCUGAAAAAGGGGGCAAAAAGCGAAAGGUUGAAAAGAAAGAUGAAGGUCCAAAGAACUGA